AUAAGGAAUGCAUUCGCAGAAUCUUUAUUGUCUUGUGAAUUUUCGUGACAGUGAGAAAAUUGCCGCGCGUCCUAAGAGUGGCUCUUUCGGACGUCUUUCCCCUCGCCCAAUUGAUUUUACGCGGUUAGCAAGAGCACAUUCGUCCGACAAUAUUCUAAUUUGGGACAGUUUGAUUGAUUUGUCCGCCAAGUAUUCUUAGAAACUGUCUGCGUUUUUCCAGGCUGCUUUAACUGUUCUGGCGUCAACAGUUACCAUGACGUGAGGGCAGUGGAUUCGUAAGGCUAAAAAGAGCAGAGGUUUUAUCGCGAAAGAGACGGCACUCAUUUACAUGCGGAAUAUCAAGGAAUCGUGGAAAGCAUGAACUUUACGCGUGCGAUGCGCUAACUCGUUUUGGGCUUCGCGCCGCAUCCCACUUUGCGAGUUAUUCGAGAACGAGACAUUUCGUCCGAGACCCACGCAACGCCUGUCGCGUCCUUAACAGAUACUGAACUUGAAUUGAUUUCUUUCCGAAAAGAAAGCUUUUGUUUGAAAAAUUUAUGCCAUUUUUGAAGGAUUGUUUUGGCUUCAUUUGAAAAAGCAUGGAUGAGUCCAAACCGGAGAUAGAUUCCGUUCAUCGGGCUCAUGAUCAGGAAACCCAAACAACGUUUGAUGUGAACCACAGGGAACCAACUAAUAAUAGGACUACCUCUAUUGAGAGCAGAAGACCGCAUGGCUAUCCACCAUACAACCACAGGCACACACAGUCAUGGAGUGCAGGCCACCCUUAUCAUGCAGCACCAUAUCCUGAGUACUACCCAUAUGACAUGCACUAUCCACCCCCUCAUCAUCCACCUCCCUCUAUGCCAGCUCCACCUCAUGCAAACCACUACUACCCAGGACGAACACCUCACUGGCAUAGCCAUCCUCCAAGCCCUGUGUUACCAUCACAUCUAUCUCCCAUUCCCCAUCCCCAUUCACCUUACCGCCCUUAUCAUUACCAUCACCCAGAUGCAUUUUAUCCAAAUCCUCCUUCCAUGCAUGGAGUUGCACCUCCACUAAGCAGUUCCCGUGAGAGAAGACACACUGACUCUGAUAUUGCCCGCCCCAAAGCAGAAUGGCCCCCUGGUUAUCAGCCUUUUGUUAAACCUGUGAUACCAUCGGACUAUCUGGCAAAUCUGCACAGAAAUCCAGCAUCUGAGUAUGGAGGGCCACCAUCCACUGCGACAUCUCUACGGUCUACAGUUAUUGACCUGCCACAUUCCAGCUUUCCAAGCCCAAGGCUGUCAGCAAAACUUAGUCGGAAACGGGCACAUUCCAACACCCCAUCAUCUGUUGAAUCUAUUGACUUGAACGCAUUAAUUCGAGGCUCACCAGAUUCCUUAUCAGGGUACCUUGGUCCAGCAAGGGUGUCUUCAGCAGGUUCCUUUGGUCACUUGAGUCCCAUUGGUUUUUGCACCUCUCCUGGAUCUCACCAAGCUAGUUGUUAUCCUGUUGCAAGAACUGUGUUCAUCACACCCCCACCUAUUGCCACUCCUCGAAUACCAACACCAUCUUCAACAAGUCGAGAUGCACUGCCCAGCUCAACAACUGGAGCUGAAGGAACCAAGGAAGAAAUGUCUGAAAGCAUGAGUUGUGCUGAGUCAUCACAGGUGUCUAGGGCUAAAGAACUACAGGGCACCUCCUGCAAGGAGGAAAGUAUGGAUGUUUGUCCUCUUGACUCUACAACAUCACCUGGUGCUUCAGAAGUGAAGCAGGAAGGCUCAGACAAUGAAGGAGAAGAGAAUCAAGGAGAGCAGGAUCAAGAGCGAGAUUUGACUUGCCAUUGGAAGGAAUGUCUAAAGCUGUUUGAAACACAGGAUGAUCUGGUCAAACAUGUCAACACUGACCACAUCAAGAAAGAUCGCAAGGACUUCACUUGCUACUGGGAUGGCUGCACCAGAGAGAAGAAACCCUUUAAAGCCCAGUACAUGUUGGUGGUACACAUGCGACGUCACACAGGGGAGAAGCCACAUAAAUGCACUUAUGAAGGCUGCAACAAGGCUUACUCCAGACUUGAGAAUCUCAAAACUCACCUCCGUUCACAUACUGGGGAGAGGCCAUAUGUUUGUGAAGUGGAAGGGUGCAAUAAAGCUUUCUCUAAUGCUUCUGACAGAGCCAAGCAUCAAAACAGGACACAUUCUUCUGUGAAACCUUAUGUCUGUAAAGUACCAGGCUGCCCAAAGAGGUACACAGAUCCCAGCUCACUGAGGAAACAUACAAAAACUGUCCAUGGAGAACAAGGAAUUAAGAGGCUAAAAGCAGAAGGCAGUAGAGAAAAGCCACAACCCAAUUCUGACAAAAAAGGGAAUUUAUCUUCUGACAAAGGCCAAGGCUCCAACACUUCUAGCAGUGGUACACAAGCAUCACAGCCAAUGAGCAAUCAUGUCGAAGAACCCAUGUCACCUGGACAAGAUGGAUCAAGUAGUGCAGGUAGUGUGAUUCAAGCUGGAAGCUGCUCCCAAACAAUUGUAGGCAGUAGCUUUGAUGGGGAUGUUGUCUCUUCAAGCUGUGAGAGAACCCCAGGAGGCCUUGACAUUCCAUCUAGCCGGGAGAGUCCAAGAAACAUGGGCAAUUCCAUGUUGGGGGUGUCGCCAAGAAGUCCUCCAUUUGUAAGCCAACUUCCAGAUAUCAUAGAAGGAGACUGGGAACCUGGAGAGAACGGUGCUGUGACCACUGCACAAGAGGUCAGACCACCAGCACCGAGUGUCAAUCUUCCAAAAAUCGAUGUUCACAAAAGGGACGUUGCCCAGUGGGUGAGUGAUGUUCACCGCAGGAUGAGCCAAACAUCACGGAGAUCAAGUGAUGGCAGCCAUUUAUCUGUGGAGCUUGGUGAUGCAAGCAGAAGGUCUAGCCAAGAAAGUGGUUGGUCUUCUUAUGGCAGUCAUCGAUCUAGCCUGGCUAGCCCCUUUCCAACCACAAAUAUUCAACCUCAAGAGGUUAUACCGCACUAUCCAAGUGGGUGUCCUCCACCCACACCUACUGGUAUGACUCCUCUUCAUUGCAGACCAAAUUUACAUCCUUUUGAUAGUAGUGAUGACACUCUUCGUCGAACCAGUGAGACAAGCACUUGCAGCAAUCAAAGUGCACCUUACAACAGACUGAGCCGUAAUAGUAGUGGUUAUGGAAGUCAGUCAAACUUAGCAGUUAUUCGUAGUCCCAUUUUCCACAAGAUCCCACCCUCCUCUCACUUACUCCCACAAAGAAAUAACUGCAACAAUGCUGCAAACAGAAGGAAAAGUGACACUGUGAUAUGCGAGGCAGAUAGUUCUGGGGGUUACUUGCCCCAAAAUGGAAAAAGUGAGCUGCGCCGUAGUAGUGAACCAAUCAGGCAAUCAAGAGCACAUAUGAGUAGGCCGGAGCCUCUAAAUGGCACAGUAAACAGGCAAGUGAUGCCAAUGCCAAACGUAAAUGAAACAGAGCUUAUUUGUGGGGAUGUAGAUCCACAAGAGUUUGAUGCAUAUCUAAAUGGACAAGGGCAAGGGCAGUUGGAACCAACUCCUCCCUUGCAUCCUCCUCCAGUACGUCAAGGUAUGUCAGUUUCCCAACCUCAUCAGACACAACGAUUGCGCCACUACCCAUAUCCUGAAGAACAAGAGGCAGCUCAGCAACCCCAUCAACUCAGUUUACAGACUGUGCAUCAUCGACCACAGCCGUGCCUUCAGAGAAAUUCUCAACAAGUGCAGUGGCCACAGUCCAGCUACAGAAGUGAGCAACUACUCAGUGUACCAGAUGUCAGUGGUGGCUUUUACCCAGCCUCAGAGAAUGCAGCAUAUAGUACUUCAGGGGAACAGACCCCUGCUCAGAAGACCCAGUGUGACAUGGCAAAUCAUGAAAUAGAUGCCAUGGUGUCAGGGAUGGGAUUGCUAUCCACUGAAAAUGGUGGUGUGUCAGAAUUUGUCGGAAAUGGAAACAUGGUAGUUAAUGACAUGAAUACUUUAUUGAACUCUCUACGCGAGGAAGAGAGGUACUUAGAAAUGUGUCAGAACUCUAGAGGUCAAGCAACUGGAAGUGCAAUGUCCAUAUUUUAAGUUUAGAUGUAGGCAGACUGAUCAAAAACAAGGGCUGUCUUCUUUCACUAGGGCUGGAUCAACUUGAAAGAAACAGGGUGUAAAGGAAAAGCAGAUGUCCAUAUGUAAAUUUGUGCCAAUUGUUUGUGAUCAUAUGGAACACAAAGGCACCCCACACAUUUUAGACAUAGUCUGAACAAAAGCCUGAGAUGUUACUAACCCCACUAGAAUAGACAAACUCAGCUUGGCCAGUUCUAAUUAUCUCAGUUCUCAAGACUGUUCUGUUUCAUUUAUGGAAUGGCCAGUUGUCAAUGGAAAGAGCCUGACUGUUUUUGGUCUCCUGUUAACAAAUUAAAAUUAUAGAAACCACUAAGGGUACAGAAUUAGUUCCUUGGGAAAACACUCACAACUAAAUGUGCUGCAAAUCAUGGAUAAUGUGUGUAGGGGGAAGGGGAAGGGGGGGGGGGGGGGUUGUAGAAAACAUCCUAUGAAAAAAACCACUCUUUGUAAUGAUUAGUAGCCUGAGUAUUUGGAAAGUGUAAUUCAUGUGUUAUAGGACAAUCAGAUAAUAUAAAGUGCAAAAUGCGUUGCUCUGUAGAAAUAGAUCAUUUUAUACAAAGUAUAUUUGUGAUGCAAUAAUGACUAUUUAAGAUAUUACUGAGUACUUAAUUCUUUUAUUUUCAAGAUUUUAAUACAAAUUCUCUGCGUUGUCUGCCAUACAUUUCUUCCAAGGUUAGCUCUGAGAAUUUGGUCUUGAAUCAAGAUGUCUAGUUGUUGUUUUUUUUCUUAUUGAGAUGAAUUUCCAUUUUAUGUCUCCUGUGAAUAGGAUGGUUGAGCUGAAGUUGAUUGGCUAUAAAACAUCCAACACUCAUUAAUUAAAUGCAGUGGUAUCAAACCUGCCAUUAACCUUUUAUACUUUAACAUCGGUACGCAUUUUCUCCAAACUGUUCUCUCUUCAUUUCCUAAGGUGCUGACAAAGAGAAUUUUUAGACAAUGAAGAGCUUCAUAGUUGGUGAUCAUUUUCUUUACUCACACCAUCUUAAGGUGAAAUUCAGGGGUGAUGUUGUCACUAUAGAUUAGACACUAGUCACCCUCUGGGGUCAAAGGAUUUACUGUACAAGCUUAAUUUUCUGGUGAUGUAUCAAAGAUUUCAAUCUUGCAUUCUUGACAUGAGGCAAAUUUAAUUGCCUUCAAAAUUUAAUUUGUAGUUACAGUGCCACAGAAAUCUACAUGUGGGAGUGACAAUCAAUAGCUUUGACGACAAAUAUGCAUACUUUUGUACCAUUACACACAAUUGUGAAUUAAGCUUUAAGCUGUGAAUGGUAAAUUCCCUAAUGCAGCAAAGACAGUUUUUAUGAACUUUAAUGUCAUAGUUUACACUUCUACUUUUUGUCAUAAAGUUGCAAAAUUUACCACCUGUUUGUUUUAUCAAGUUGUAAUUACCUGUAUUUUCCUCCCUCUCUUCAGCCUCCACAUCUUUGGAUAUUAACUGUUAGAGUAGUAAUACUAUUAAAGAUUCCUGUUGAUUCUUA